AUGGCUGGGGGAGGGUGUGAGAGGGCAUCGAGCUUGUGCAGGGAGAAGGGGCAUCCUCAUGACUUCACACCUGUCUCCUUUCCCCCGCCACCACCACAUCAGGACUACUCAGCAGCCCCCCGGGGCCAGUUCCGCAUCCCCUGCUGCCCUGUGCACUUGAAACGCCUUCUCAUCGUGGUCGUGGUGGUGGUUCUUGUCGUCGUGGUGAUUGUAGGGGCCCUGCUCAUGGGUCUUCACAUGAGCCAGAAACAUACUGAGAUGGUCCUAGAGAUGAGCAUUGCGGGGCCGGAAGCCCAGCAACGCCUGGCCCUGAGCGAGCGUGCGGGCGGCACCGCCACCUUCUCCAUUGGCUCCACUGGCAUCGUAGUGUAUGACUACCAGCGGCUCCUGAUUGCCUACAAGCCGGCACCGGGAACCUGCUGCUACAUCAUGAAGAUGGCUCCGGAGAACAUCCCCAGUCUUGAGGCUCUCGCUAGAAAAUUCCAGAACUUCCAGGUGAGUGUGAAGGUCAAGCCUGCGAUGCCUCCCUCUAAGCUGGGCCAGGAGGAGGGCAGUGACACUGGCUCAGUGUCCUCCAGGGACCUGGACUUCCUAGGCACCACCGUGAGCACCCUCUGUGGCGAGGUGCCCCUCUACUACAUCUAGCACCCAUCAGGUGAGCAUGUGCAGCUGCCAGGACAGCAGCGCGGCAGUGGCCCAGGAGGGCUUGGGCCACCUUGCCUUGUUAGCUGACCCCGCACAGGGGAAUCCAUUGAGGCUGGUCACCUAGGGAGCUCUGGGGAGGGAAAGUUCACAGACCUUCAAUCCCCCGCCCCCAACCAGUCCCUCUCCCCAACAUAAUAAACAGUGUUUCUUUGCUUCGCAGGGUCCGCAGAAGCCCCAAGGGGACAGGAGAGAUCCAGGAGCAAAGGGUCUUUUGCAGACAGGCAGGAAGCUGCUCCUGCCACACCACAGGAACUGGUCUUGGAGAAAUGGGAGCUGUGGGGAGAGGUGGGAGCGGUCAGAAGAGAGAUGGCUCCUGGGGGUAUGGGGGUGGGGGUGGGGGGCUCCUACCACAAAAGAAUAAAGCAGCCUGAUUGAAAAACAAAGGGUGUCCUUCUCUCCUCCCACACCGCCGAGGUCCUGCUCUUGGUGAGGCAGCCAGGGGAGGGUAGAGCCUUGGGGAGCAAAGGGGGCUUUCCUAUUCUCCCUCUGGCUCAGGGUGGUGGGAGAGGGGACCUGGGACCGAUCCACGGGCUUUAGGCGCCCUCCAGUGGUGUCUCCCGAGAGAGGGCAGGAGACAGAAACGACUCGAGGGCCAGAGACCGAGAUGCGAGAAAGCGAGGGUCCGAGAAAGGGAGAGACCGAGAGACGCAAGCUGAGAAACACGAGCUGAGACCUAGGGACAGAGCAAGGCACUGGCAGCAGGAGCGAUUGACAGCGUGUCCCGCACCGGGAGGGGCUCGGGCCGGGAGCGCGCGGGAGAAGCACCGCUAGAGGGCAGCUGGCCGGGACUGCCG